AUGAGUCUCCCUACUCCGCCUGGUACAUCUCAUCGCGACAAGGAGAACCGGCCGCCUCAAGCUUCGUCUGGAACUCGCGUCGCGUGGUCACAACAAAACCAAUAUCACCUAGUUCCUUCCAGCCCCGAGCCAUUAUCCACCGGGACGGUCUCAUCCAAGAAUCUUCCUGUAAAGUCGAUUCUCAAGAAGUCGUCACAGCCUAUCUUCCCAUUCCAAGAUGAAGACGUGCGGGAGCCCACUCCAGUCCCAGAAGAUCCAAUGAAAGAUGCUCUUUACCUCCAGUCCGCUGUCUCGAAAAUUAUUGCGGUGGCUUCUACAAUGCGGGAUAUUAUCCAAGGGUACUCUGUGCUUGGUGCGCGAAUUCGGGAGCACGUCGACGACGACGCAUUCCGAGCAAGUCAGUGCCCCUUGCUCGCACCUAUUCGGGAUAACCGUGAUACACUAGCAAACGCUAUUAUUCGGGAUCUCGGUAGGGCAUUGAUACAUCCUCCCACUAUGGACGUGGCAAAGGGCGAGCCAGAGAUUAGACGGGCCUUCGGUUUGCCGUCGCCUAGGCAGAGUCCCAAGAAGAAGAAGAGCAUGACUGAGGAGCAAGUCACCUACGCCCGAGACCUCGGCACCACGUGCCACGCAGUGAUAAGGUGUCUCGCCGUCAUCUGGACGAAGCCUGCCGUGCACACAAUCUUCACUGAACGCCAGCUCAACGACAUGCUCACGGCACUCCUGGCCAUCCCUCUGGAGUCUGAACUGCCCACCCCCAAUGCACGCAAAACAUGUGCGCUCUCGAUUUGGUUAAUUCAAGUUCAGCGAUUACCUGAGGACGUCCUCUACCCUGCAAAGGACCGGAUUGCGUAUGCCAUCCGACGAGGUAUAGAAGGCGAGCUGGGGAAGGAGGGGAAGAAAGGUUCUGUGAACGAUGGGUACAAGGCGAUACAUGACCUAUCCAUGUAUCUUCCUGCGGUCUUCAUCCCACCGUUCACGGAUCUCCUGCCUUGCAUAUUCUCAGGACUUCUGGGGCCGACGGUAGUAGUGCGUGCCCAAGCUUGCAACGCCCUCGGCGGGUUUGUGCGUGGAUGUGCAAGUUUGCAACGGUUACCCAUUCACACACGGAUAGCGACUCUCGUUGGUGACUUCUUGACAACGCCGUCGACUGCACUCCGUAAGAGUCCCUCUCCCAGCAAGCUUCCCCUCGAGUCCGCGAUCGUGCGCACGCUGCGAACGACCCUGAAUGCUGUUGAACCUGCACAUGCAGCCCAAGGACCGGUGUGGGCCAUCUCUGUGAUGGCGAGCAUGAUUGUCCUGCUGGGGCCGACGCUAGGUACUGAUCCGCAAAUCUUGAGGAUCAUUACCGCCCUCCUGACGUUGGCGAUUCGGCACAAGAAAAGCUCAAUUCGUGCACUUGUCUGUGCGCUCUGGCCAUCUCUUACUCAUGCCUUCUUCCAACCUCCGCUGAUCGUUGAACGUGACGAGGAUGAAGAUGGCUCCGAUGGUGAGAACGACCAAGUCGUCGAGACUCGCGCCAGCGGUAACAAUCGAGAGGCCUUCUGGAAAAUGAUCAAGAACAUGGUAGACAUGGGCGCAGGUGUAUCAACCAUUGCAGCAACACUUAUCGCUGAAGAGGACGAAGAGGCGAGGUUCACACGAAUUCUAACUGUCCUGAAUCAGAUGGUCCACAAGGGAGGCCCGCCGUCGAGCAACGCUAUGGAUGUGCUACAGCGUCUCGUUAAUUUGGACCAGGCGUCCGACGACCACGAUCCAGUCAGACUAUUAGCUCCCGGCCUAUUCUCUAGUCUUGGAGGUCUUCUCGCGACAGAAUGGAAGUCAGUGCAUAGUACAGUAAGGCCUCUGUUCGACGACCUUGCAAAGGUCGGAGCAGUACGACCGCUCAGCAAAGAUGAACUGGCAGAUGGACGGCUGUUCCAGGGUCUUAUGGACAUAUGGAAGGUCGCCAUGAUGAAAGCCGAAAUUCCAGGCGAUCAGGACGGGCUGCCUGAGAAUAUUACUGCGGCCUGGGAAGGCCUGCUCAAAUCCAAGAUUUCUCUCAUGCAGGACGAUGGAGACCAUGACGGCCUCCUAGAAUUCGCUGAGUAUAUAGUGCAGAUCCUCGUGGACGUCUUAAAGGAUGACGAGAUAGACUUCACCACAUGCUCGGCGACCUCGAAAAGCUCCUCGAGCUCGAUCGAAUUGCCGAAGGUGCUUGUGAAGUCCAAUCGUUCACGACCCGCGUUGAGGCUAUUGGUGGUACGAAAGUUGUGGAUGGCUUUCCGACCUAUGCUUCCUUCGCAGGACCUUGCGGCGGCGGCAGAGCAGCUUUUAGCGUGCCUGAGGCAGGACCGUCCUCAGAUCAUAGGCGAUGAGAAGUCAGGAGGCAUCGAUGAAGACGCGUGGUCCCAAUGGGCCACCUUGUGCUCCCAGACUCUGGCCAUCUGCGACGUCGAUGACCUUAAGACAUUCUGGUCCCACGUCUCCGAUGUUUCUCUGACGUCGUGGCCAGCUGGUAUUCGAAGUGUUGUAUGGGAUCGCUUUACCAGCGAAUGGUUCAUUGAUCCAAUGGUCUCUCGCGAGACGGCCAUGAUUGUGCUAAAUGUCCCAUUUACUUCUUCUGUUCCGUGGGAUAUGGAUGAAUCAGAGUUGCGUCAGUGGCACCAUUGCUGCUUGUCAGGAGCGAGUGAUAUGGCGUACGACGCCGGUGAUGACUACAUCGGCGUCUUGAAUGAAGUGGUCGACACUAUCUCCAAAGCACACUGGCAACUGAUGUCGUCCAUGACGUCUCCGGCUCGUAUUGCGGAUAUUCUGUUGCAGACUUUCGGGAUCAGCGAUGCUACUGAGUUACCAUGCAGGCUCUUCGAGUUCGUCAACGAUACAUUGUUGGCAUCCUACCCACCGGAGCCUCGCAACAAAGUCGUCUGUACCUGGUUAAUUCGGACGUUCGUCCGAUCAGUCGAAGAAUGCCCGAGUGACCUCCUUAUCACCAUGUUGGAGUCCGUUACGGACGGCCUAGCGUUGUGGAUCGCAGAUGAACACGUGGUUUUUUCACAGGACGAAUAUGCUCUCGACAUUCUACCCCUCUAUCAAACAGUCCUUGUGACGGUCGGCGCUCUCCCCGCUUCGCUCGACAUCUUGGAUAAGCUGUCUCCUAUAAUCCAUUCAGCUUUCCUGGUGAAGAACGAGAAUUCAUCGUCCACUGCUCAGGCUUUCAUCGACUUCUGGCGGUCUGGAUAUGACCAGCUUCCGGUACCGGAAGACGGGUGGCCAAGCUACAUUCACGAUUGUCUGGUGGCAUCAGGAGCGAAUACCUCUGGAGACGAUGGGGACAACGGGUACGAGGCAGACAUGUCUCUUCUUUCGGCAGCAGAGAAGUCCUCGGUCUUCACGCUCAGGCAAGAGGAGGAAGGCGAGGAGCCGUUAUCCUUCCCGGACAGCGAUGAAGAAGAUGUGGUGCAUUUGCUUGUAACCGAGUCCAGUGCGGAGAGUCCUGAAGGGCUUCGAAAUCAACCCCUGGCUGAUUCAACGAGCGCGCCGAUCUCAUCUCCUACGACGCCCCCGACGAAGCCGUCGGCUGUGACCACCCCUUCAGCAAGCACAAAGGACAAGGACUCUGAAUCUGGACCUAGCACCCCGCCGUUGGCAGUCUUCCGUUCGGUGCGGUCCACAGAAGGAUCUAGACUACUUUCUGAUUCACCAGGGUCCUCUAUCAAUACCAGAGCUGAACCUGAAACUCCGAGUCGUUGCGUUGCAGCCCAGUCUUUCUAUGCCACGACUCCGUCUAGACGCAGUGCAAGGGAGAGUGCGUCUCCUAUCGAAAGCGCGACUGGUUCUUCUUCAAAGACACCGGGAAAGAGACGACGAUCGAGCGAUGCUGUUGUACUUGGCGAGAAGCAACCCGACUCUGAAUCAGCCGUAAAGUCUCGGAGGACCACGAGGGGAAGACUUUCCAUCUCCCCAAGCAAAUAUCCCGUCUUCGCGAAAGCUCGCGAAGAAAAGCGAAUGAUGAGUAUCGUCACUACGCCGUCGUCGAAGAAAUCUGUCAGACGCAAGCCCAAAGGGAGCAGCUGUAAAGCAGCGCCGGUGACAGGCGGUGACGAUGAUCCAUUCUCCUUCCAUGGAGGCCGUGGCCUGGCAUCUAGUUCGACAGAUGUCUCUCCAUCAGUCGUCCUAGCGACCCCCACUAGACGAUCUCCACGAACAGCUAGAGUGAUGAUGGAUUCGGUGGAGAUUCCGACCUUCAGAUUCGACAAGAAUGAGUGGAUCGAUUUGAGCCCCGCAUCCAGCGGUUGCAAGAGGAAGAGGACAUUGUCUCGCACUGAGUCUUUGCCUCCAUCGGGGCUCGAUCAUAACAUUGGCUCAAGGGAGAGGUUGGCACAGGGCAAAAGACAGCGGUCAAUAGUUGAGAUCGGUAACUCAUCUCCCAGAAAGACCCGCCGUUCCAAUCAAUCUGUCAUGGUUGAUGGUUUCGCCGUACCGGACUCUGAUGAGAUUCCUUCCUCCACCGGGCAAAUUGGUCAAGUCACUCCCCACCAUGUCAUCUCCCCGACCCUACAAAGGAGGGGUUCUUUCGCUCUUGACGAAGACAUGCCCAGCGACGGCGAGUCCGAACUGGGGAGUAGCCCGCUGAGGGCGCUCGCAGCGCGCAAGCAGGCCAGAUCUGCGUUCCAUGGCUCGACAUUGGAAAAAUUUAUCAGGUCAUGAAAGCUUAGCACGUACAUGCAACUUACAAUGCUAUCGAUUUCCUCUAUUUUCGUUUUGUCUAGAUCUAACGUUCCAUCGCAUUUGCAUUUGCAUCACUAUUCUCGCA